GGCACCCAAAUUCAUCCUCUCGCUCCUCCUCCUCCCGCAGCCGUGCUACCUCCGCGACUGGGAGAUGCAGGUGCACUUCAAAAUCCACGGGCAAGGCAAGAAGAACCUGAACGGCGACGGCUUUGCCAUCUGGUACACCAAGGACCGCAUGCAGCCAGGACCCGUCUUUGGAAGCAAGGAUAACUUCCUGGGCCUGGGGGUGUUUGUGGACACCUACCCCAACGAGGAGAAGCAGCAGGAGGCUCAGAAGAGGAGGUACAGCCCGGGAAAUCAGCGCGUCUUCCCCUACAUCUCGGCCAUGGUGAACAACGGCUCGCUCACCUACGACCACGACCGGGACGGGAGGCCGACGGAGCUGGGGGGCUGCACGGCCAUGGUGCGCAACCUCAACCACGACACCUUCCUGGUGAUCCGCUACGUCAAGAGGAGGCUGACGGUGAUGAUUGACAUCGAUGGCAAGCACGAGUGGCGGGACUGCAUCGACGUGCCAGGCGUGCGCUUGCCCCGCGGGUACUACUUCGGGACCUCCUCUGUCACGGGAGACCUGUCAGACAACCACGACAUCAUCUCGCUGAAGCUUUACCAGCUGACGGUGGAGAGGACGCCGGAGGAGGAGAAGCGGGACAGGGAGGUGUACCUGCCCGUGGUGGACAACCUGAAGCUGCCGGGCAUGGAGGCGCCGCUGGAGCCCAUGAGCGGCCUGGCUCUCUUCUUAAUCGUCUUCUUCUCCCUCGUUGCCAUCGUCUUCGCCAUCGUUAUCGGAGUCAUUGUCUACAACAAGUGGCAGGAGCAGAGCCGGAAACACUUCUAUUGACUUGGGAGCCUGCCUGGGAUGGCCCCUCGCUAGCCACGUCCCGGCUCCCAUCCCAGGCUGGCCAGAGCACGAUGGACCCGGCCUCCUGGCAGGGCCCCCGGUGUCCCCAAAGCCCCAGCGGGGACGGCCGCCGUUUCUUGUCAGGCUCCAGGACCCCCCCCAAUGCGAGCGGGGACCCCCGGCGUGGCCUGGCUGGGGCCGGGUGCUGCGGGGACGGAGCCGCCGUCCCCUGAGGGUUUGUUGGGAGCAGGAGCCUCGCUCUGGGAGCCUUUUGGGGCUGGGCUGUGGGGUUGUGGCAGCGCCGAGCC